CAGUCGGCACCGGAGCGGCCGGCGUCCCAGUUCGUGUGCGUUGGGCGCUACCGCGAGGCGGGGAAACGAAAGGACAGCGGCUGUGCGGGUUUUAGGGCGGCGGCUGCCACAGCAGCAGCGCCCCGGGCGGAGAGGGCCUUGGCGGCCGAGCAAGCUGGGGAUGGGGAGGACCGGGUGCCGCACCUCUUUCGGGUGCGUGUGCGACUCCGGAGUCGCACAGUGACGGCGACGGCGCCCCUGGCCCGGCAUCUCCGAGGCCGCUUCGCCCAAGAGCUCGCGGCGGGCCGGGCCAUGAGGAGCGUCCGGGGCCGGGCCAGGCCUCGCUGACCUCGGCUCCGCGCGGCGGCCUCCCCCAUUUCCGCUCCGGCCUUACGGCAUGAGUGUCCGCCCGGGCCCGGGGCCGCGGCUGCCCCAGUCCCGCUGCCCGCGGGCGCGCUUGGGGUUCGCGAGCCCGCGGUGCUGAUCCCGGUUCGUCGCGCCGCCUGCCCGCCCGCUGUAUGCCCCCCGGGCGCGGCCAUGGAGGUGGUGGGCGACUUCGAGUACAGCAAGAGGGACCUCGUGGGACACGGGGCCUUCGCCGUGGUUUUCCGGGGGCGGCACCGCCAGAAAACUGAUUGGGAGGUAGCUAUUAAAAGUAUUAAUAAAAAGAACUUGUCAAAAUCACAAAUACUGCUUGGAAAGGAAAUUAAAAUCUUAAAGGAACUUCAGCACGAAAAUAUUGUAGCACUCUAUGAUGUUCAGGAAUUGCCGAACUCUGUCUUUCUGGUGAUGGAGUAUUGCAAUGGUGGAGACCUGGCAGAUUAUUUGCAAGCUAAAGGAACUCUCAGUGAAGAUACUAUCAGAGUGUUUCUACAUCAGAUUGCAGCUGCCAUGCGAAUCCUGCACAGCAAAGGAAUAAUCCACAGGGAUCUCAAACCGCAGAACAUUUUGUUGUCUUACGCCAAUCGCAGAAAGUCAAGUGUCAGUGGUAUUCGCAUCAAAAUAGCGGAUUUUGGUUUUGCUCGUUACCUACACAGUAAUAUGAUGGCUGCAACGCUGUGUGGAUCCCCAAUGUACAUGGCUCCUGAAGUUAUUAUGUCUCAACAUUAUGAUGCUAAGGCAGACUUGUGGAGCAUAGGAACAGUGAUAUAUCAAUGCCUAGUUGGAAAACCACCUUUUCAGGCCAAUAGUCCUCAAGACCUAAGGAUGUUUUAUGAAAAAAACAGGAGCUUAAUGCCUAGUAUUCCUAGAGAAACAUCACCUUAUUUGGCUAGUCUCCUUUUGGGUUUGCUUCAGAGAAACCAAAAAGACAGAAUGGAUUUUGAAGCAUUUUUUAGCCAUCCUUUUCUAGAGCAGGUUCCAGUAAAAAAAUCUUGCCCAGUCCCAGUGCCUGUGUAUGCUGGUUCUGUCCCUGGAAACUCCUGUGGCAGCUCUCCAUCUUGUCGCUUUGCUUCUCCACCAUCCCUUCCAGAUAUGCAGCAUAUUCAGGAAGAAAACUUAUCCUCCCCACCAUUGGGUCCUCCCAACUAUCUACAAGUGUCUAAAGAUUCUGCCAGUACUAGUAGCAAGAACUCUUCUUGUGACACGGAUGACUUUGUUUUGGUACCACACAACAUCUCGUCAGACCACUCAUAUGACAUGCCAAUGGGAACUACUGGCAGACGUGCUUCAAAUGAGUUCUUGGUGUGUGGAGGGCAGUGUCAACCAACCGUGUCACCUCACAGUGAAACAGCCCCAAUUCCAGUUCCUACUCAAAUAAGGAAUUAUCAACGCAUUGAACAGAAUCUUACAUCUACUGCCAGCUCUGGCACAAAUCCGCAUGGUUCUCCAAGAUCUGCUGUGGUACGAAGGUCUAAUACCAGCCCCAUGGGCUUCCUCCGGUUGGGAUCUGGCUCCCCUGCACCAGCAGACACAGCUCAGACAGUUGGACGAAGACUGUCUAUUGGGUCUUCUAGGCCUUAUUCACCUUCCCCUUUGGUUGGUACCAUUCCUGAGCAGUUUAGUCAGUGCUGUUGUGGACAUUCUCAGGGCCAUGAAUCCAGAAGUAGAAACUCUUCAGGUUCUCCAGUGCCACAGGCUCAGUCACCACAGUCUCUCUUAUUGGGUGCUAGACUGCAGAGCGCCCCUACCCUUACUGACAUCUAUCAGAACAAACAGAAGCUAAGAAAACAGCACUCUGACCCUGUGUGCCCAUCCCAUACUGGGGCUGGAUACAACUACUCACCUCAGCCCAGUCGGCCUGGCAGCCUUGGAACAUCUCCCACCAAGCAUAUGGGAUCUUCUCCACGGAGUUCUGAUUGGUUCUUUAAAACUCCUUUACCAACAAUCAUUGGUUCUCCUACUAAGACCACAGCUCCUUUCAAAAUCCCUAAAACACAAGCGUCUUCCAACCUGUUAGCCUUGGUUACUCGUCAUGGGCCUGCUGAAGGGCAGUCCAAAGAUGGGAAUGACCCACGGGAAUGUUCCCAUUGCCUUUUGGUACAAGGAAGUGAGAGGCAUCGAUUUGAACAACAGAACAAAGCAGUAUUUGGCAGAUCUGUCAGUACUGGGAAGUUAUCAGAUCAACAAGUAAAGGCAUCUUUAGGUGGACACCAGGGCAGCACUGAUAGCUUAAAUACAGAACGGCCUAUGGAUAUAGCUCCUGCAGGAGCCUGUGGUGUUGUACUGGCACCACCCGCAGGAACCGCUACGAAUUCUAGGGCUGUCCUCUUCACUGUGGGGUCUCCUCCACACAGCGCCACAGGCCCCACUUGUACCCAUAUGGUCCUACGAACAAGAACCACCUCAGUGGGGUCCAGCAGCUCAGGAGGCUCUCUGUGCUCUGCAAGUGGCCGUGUGUGUGUGGGCUCCCCACCUGGCCCGGGCUUGGGCUCUUCCCCACCAGGAGCAGAGGCAGCUCCCAGCCUGAGAUAUGUGCCUUAUGGUGCUUCACCCCCCAGCCUAGAGGGGCUUAUCACUUUUGAAGCCCCUGAACUGCCAGAGGAGACACUGAUGGAGCGAGAACACACAGAUACCUUACGCCAUCUGAAUGUGAUGCUGAUGUUCACGGAGUGUGUGCUAGACCUAACAGCUGUGAGGGGGGGGAACCCUGAGCUGUGCACAUCUGCUGUGUCCUUGUACCAGAUUCAAGAGAGUGUGGUUGUGGACCAGAUCAGCCAGUUGAGCAAAGACUGGGGGCGGGUAGAACAGCUGGUGUUAUACAUGAAAGCAGCACAGCUGCUUGCAGCUUCCCUGCAUCUUGCCAAAGCUCAGAUCAAGUCCGGGAAGCUGAGCCCAUCCUCAGCGGUGAAACAAGUUGUCAAAAAUCUGAACGAUCGAUAUAAACUCUGCAUCACCAUGUGCAAAAAACUCACAGAAAAGCUGACUCGCUUCUUCUCUGACAAACAGAGAUUUAUUGAUGAAAUCAACAGUGUAACUGCAGAGAAACUCAUCUAUAAUUGUGCUGUGGAAAUGGUUCAGUCUGCAGCCCUGGAUGAGAUGUUUCAGCAGACUGAAGAUAUUGUUUAUCGUUACCAUAAGGCAGCCCUUCUCUUGGAAGGCCUAACUAAGAUUCUACAAGACCCUGCAGAUAUUGAAAAUGUACAUAAAUAUAAAUCUAGUAUUGAAAGAAGAUUGUCAGCACUCUGCUGUAGCACUGCGACUGUGUGAGAAGCAGGCAUGUCCAUGGACCGGCGUGGGAGCAUGAGGUGAUACAUUUGAGAUUACAGCUUGGUUCUGUCACCCAUCCCCAGGAAACUAGUUUAACUGGUGACUACCAAAGAACAAGCAGCAAUUUCAAAAAGGAAAAACAAUCCAAAAACUACAUUUGUAGAAAAUCUGCCUUACUGGAGAAGAUACUCCCCUUUCCCUUUUUCUUUGUAGAAGCAGAAGCAAGAGUAUUCCAGUUUGCUCCCUGUUUGAACUUGGUAAAUAAACAUACCUUAGAACUAGAAUUAUCAUUUAUUCUUAUGGAUAAUUAAACAUGAAAUAAGGCAAGUGGCACUUCACUCAGUUCAUAGAGCAAUGUAUGAAAUGCCAUGGGUUUGCUGAGGUGUACACAAGCAAGAAUAUACACCUCGUCAGACAGUUUGAUGUUUGGGGUGAGUUUGUCUGAACCUGAGCAUGCAUCUUUCAACAGCUCAGGAAGAAAUAGUUUAAGAAGAAGCAAAAGAUGGCUCUUGGAAGAAAUUUUGAAAUCUUCAAUUUGAUCUAGUAUGGACAUACGUUAAUUCUUCCAAAAUCUUUCAUAUUGCACUAAUUUAUUAAAACAACUGUGUAUUGGAUUUUGCAAUUUAAAACUAAUUGAGGCACAAUGGACUUGUUUAAAGUAUUUUACUUGAUUAUAUACAUAUACAUAUACUUUAUUAUAUACAUAUACUCUUUCCAGAAUUCACAUGUAAUCGCUAUUGAACUUUUAAAUGAUCAAAACUUGUGUUCAUGUGAAUCUUUGCAUUUUUUAUUUGUUUAUCUACACCUACAGAUCUUCUUAGUAAUAUUUUGAGUGGCUGAUGUUUACUUUGUUUGCAUUUUUCCUUGUGCAUGCAAAAUGUGCAUUGAUGCCUGUGACUUUAGGUUUAUUAAAGAAUAGGUUUAUUUGGACAGUAUUAGAAAAACUAUCAUGAAUCAAGAGAUACUCUUGAGAAUUUUCAUAGGGCCAAAACAAAGUUGGUGAUCAAAGGCUUGUUAGUGAUGUGGAGUUUCUACAUGAAGUUAGUGAAAAAUUAGGUUUGUUUUCUCUUAGGAAAAUGGCAGCUCUCUCCAGCCUAACGUGUAUUUUUAAUGUUAAUCUUGACAGUUCACCAAAUAGCUUGUAAUGGAAAAGCAGGCAGUUAACAUCCUUUUAGGAAUGUUUCAUAUGUUGUAUAUUAUUUGUUUUCUUUUACUUACCUGCUUGAAUACUUGAAUAAACCAUUCACCAGUUUUAAUCCUAUUAUUUUAAGCCUUUUACAUAAAAUAUUUUGAACUGACAGUGUGCAGAAGCUCUUCGGCAUUACUCUAAUUUUAAUGUACUGAUAAAAACAAACAAACAUGGAUUUCCUUUACUUUGACAAAGUAAUGUAAUUUCUACUUUAUUUAUCUGUAUGAAAUUCCAGCAGUUAAUUUGAACAUUUAUUUAUAUGAUGUUUGUAUUUUUAGGUCUUUAAUACAGUGUCUUUCUACCUCUCAUUUGUAAUUGCAUGCAUUAUUCUUGAAACUAGUUAAAACUCACUGAAUUGUUGUGUAAUAGCCUUUUUAUUAUUACCUAUACAAAUGUAUAUUAAGGUAAAAUAAAACUGACAGUGUUUCUAGGUUACAGUUGGGUCCAUAUUAAGUGGCUUGUCAAGGCAGAUACUUCCUUAGUCUGGGGACUUGGUCAUUAAGGUCCUUUGCCACAUCCCAGGAUUUCCCAGGAUUUAAGAUUCUUGGUGACUGUCAUUCAGGCUUCCAUAAAUUGAUGAUCACUUCCCCUUCUUGCUUAGUGAUACUGUAUUUUUGUAUAAUUUUUAGAGUUUACACUUUCCUCCAUGUUCUCCCCUGCAUUAUCUCAGUUGAUCCUCUGUGUGGGUGGGUAGGGUUAUUCUGCCCCCUCUCUAACUUUUUUUAAACACAUGAUGAAACAGGUUCAAAGAGGGUAAGUGAUCAGUCUGAAGUCAGGAACUAGGAAAGUGAUCAAGCCAUUCUUUGUAACUUCCAAGUUCUUUCUUCUUCCUCUUGUGUAGUCAAGGUCUUGUUAUUGUUAGUGUGUAUGAAACAGUGAAGUCUCAACAGCAGAGAACAAACUGUAAAUUUAUGAGUAAUGGUUCUGAUUAUAUUUCCAUUAUCAAGGCUGAUUGUUUUAAGAGAUUUUUGCCUUGAUUAUAGCAAUAAUAAUAAACAAGUGCUUUAUGUUUCCAUGA